GGCCGCCACGGGGCAGCAGGAUCUGAGUCUGCUGGCAAGUGCUGGUGGAUCAUCGCAGGGCCGGCAGAAUGAUUCCGGUAAUGGCCUUAAUCAGCUGCCGAACCCGAAGAAGACCAAGGAGGACAAACCGAAGAAGCAGCCCAACUUCGCAAGCAAGGCAAAUGCAAAGAUCAAGACAGGUCGAAGUACCGUUACGGAUGCCAAGUAUUGGAAGCGAGUGAUUAUUGAAGAUGGAAAGUCUGAGAAGCCGAAGGCGUCAGCGAAGAUGAUUGACGGCUACCUCAGUCAGAUCGACUUCCACAUGGCCCCGGUCCAAAAUGCCACGGAGGCUUUGGAUAUGAAGUGUGUCGAAGGCUCCAAGGACGAGAAAACGCUGAAGCCAAUGAUGGAGACCUUGCAAAGUGCCAUCGACGACUAUACUGCUGCGAUCAAAGCCAUCAAGACUCUGUAUGCUUCUUGGUGUACUGCUAGCUAUGUUUUAAUCUGGGUUAAUAGUUGCAUACAAUCAACCGAGAUCGCUGCUUCAUUCAACUACCUCUUUCUGGGUGUUUGUCCGACAAAGCUGGAUGUGGUCACUAUUCUACCGGAGGAUGUGAGCACGGACCCAAAGGAAGUUGCUCGGUCUGGCGAGGUCAUGACACUUCCAAGGGCUACCCUGACGGAGAUUAGGGCAGACUGGAAGUUCCACAAGGCAGCUUGGGUGCAGUAG